GGCUUUGGAAGAGGAAAGCUUCCACCUGGUCUUGUUCCUUUUCCAAUGAUUGGCAAUAUAGUACAGAUGGACCUUAAGAAUGUCCUUGAAACUCUUUGCAAGCUAGCAAAAGAAUACGGCCCAGUGUUCACUCUGCAAUUGGGUGUUAAGCGUGUUGUUGUGUUCCAUGGGCACAAGGCAGUGAAAGAAUAUCUGAUUGAUCAUGGGGACAAGGUUGCUGACAAAGGACCUAUGCCAAUUUUUGAAUUUAUUAGCAAUGGAUUAGGUAAGUUUCUGCUUGGUGAAGAGCAAGAAGAUAAAGACAAGAAUAUGGAAAAAAGCAUAUUCUCAGAAAUAAGUUGAAAU